ACGUCAUACACGAAGUCUGUUAUAAGUCAGUAUAGCAGUAGCCUACACCUAUAAGUACUAUACAGUAUUCAGCAGCUGCCGCUCUCGAGAGCAGUGCGUGCAGACGAGUAAGGAGCGAGAUAAAGUUGCCAAUAAUCAUGCAUUUGGCCCUCGCUACUGGCCUGCACUAAUCAAUGGCCAGCAGUAGCAUCAGCAACCGCCGAUAAAAGUCAGUCUGCAGCGCGCAUAGAGAUAUUUUAGUGCGAGAACACUCAGCUGCGCUCAGCUCAGUGGUGGCACACACAGUGGGACACGGCGCAGCUCGACGGCACCGUGUCAUGCAUCCGACGUCUGUCAAAGUUGCCUGGCCGACGACGAGUUUGCAGAUCGGGCGAGUUUUCCACCGCCGUCGCCGGAUCAUCGAGGCCGGCAGCCACCGCUAGGGAUAGUCCUUUUGCCUGCACACAUCACAUCUCUCCAUCAUCUUCCGAGGAACAUAACGCUCCUCUACUUUUACACCGCUUUUCUACUUCACACCACCUAUAUACUAUAGCUGCGUUUAGCUCUCUAAGUUUACUUACAUAGCUAGAUUCCCUCUUUUCAAUUUUAUCCCGGAGACGAGCGAGAGACAGCGAUAUGGUCACCAUAGACGAGAUUAAGAAAACCUAUCCGCUGCACUGGCUCGUCUGGAACAACAACCACGCCGAGCUUGACAAGGAGCUUUCUGCCAACAAGCAUGAUAUUGAGUUGCACGAUAAUAGAGGCAGAACGCCGCUGAUGCUGGCUGUAACUUUGGGUCACACUGACUCUGCCAUAGUUUUACUACAACACGAGGCUAAUGUUAAUACAGAAAAUACACAAGGCUGGAGUGUUGUACAAGAAGCUGUGGGUACUGGUAAUCCAGAAUUAUUGCAGAUGGUACUUGCACGACGUGACUAUCAAAGAUAUUGCAAUAGAGUCGCUGGUAUUCCUGAGUUACUUCACAAACUCAAACAGGCACCAGAUUUUUAUGUGGAAAUGAAAUGGGAAUUCACUAGUUGGGUUCCACUUGCUUCGCGUAUGUGUCCAAGUGAUACCUAUAAAGUGUACAAGCAAGGUAGUAAUGUUCGCAUAGAUACUACCUUGUUAGGUUUUGAUCAUGCAAAUUGGCAGCGAGGAAAUCGCAGUUAUGUUUUCAAAGGGCAAAUGCAACAAACUCAAAGUGUACCAGUGGCAAUUAGGUGUGAACGCAGUUAUGUGUUCAGCUUACAAAGUGAUGAUUCAGAUGAUGGUGCUACAAUGAUGGAAGUUGACCAUGAAACAAGAAAAGUCUACAUGGAACAUAUGAAACUCCUUGGUGAUGACAAUGUUCAAUUAAUGGAACCUUCAGAAGAAGGUGUUUUAGCAAGAUUAACAAAUCCCAUAGUAACGACUUACAUAGAUACUGAAAAAAUAAGUUUUGAAAGAAAUAAAGCUGGAUUGUGGGGUUGGCGAUCGGAUAAAAGUGAAAUAGUUAAUGGACAUGAAUGUAAAGUUUUUAGUGCCAGCAAUGUAGAGCUAAUAACGAAAACGCGACUAGAACAUCUAUCUGAGGCUGACAAAAUUAGGGCUAAAUCGCCCCGAACUCCUUUACAAUCUUUUCUGGGUAUUGCUGAACAAACCCAGCAAGAGGGGGCUGCUGCUAUUAGUGAAGAGUUUACGAAUGUUGGCAAUCCAUGUAACGUUACGCCCGAAGAAUACUUUGAUCCAGAAGUUGAUUUGAGCAGUAGAGAUAUUGGAAGGCCGAAGGAAAUUAAUACGAAAGUACAGAAAUUUAAGGCUACUUUAUGGUUAAGCGAAGAAUAUCCACUAAGUCUGCAAGAACAAAUAAUGCCAAUUGUAGAUCUAAUGGCUAUAACUAGUUCACAUUUUGCUAAAUUAAAAGAUUUUAUACAAAUGCAGUUACCGUCAGGAUUCCCUGUAAAAAUCGAGAUACCACUAUUUCAUAUUUUAAAUGCAAGAAUAACUUUUGGAAAUAUCUUCGGAUUAGACCAAGAAGUGCCGCACGUCGGUCGUUUGGAAGAAGCGAACCGAUUAACUUGUCUUUUGGAUGAUGUAUGCUUUGAAGCUCCAUUAGGAUAUACAAAAUUAGGUGCAGAAGUACGAACACAAUUUAGUAUUGAAGAAGAGGAUGAUUUAUUACAAUUUGCUAUUCAACAAAGCCUUAUUGAUGUUGGAAGUGAACGCGAUGAGGUGGACAUAUGGGAAGCUCUUAAAGCACAAAAGCCAUCGCGUCCAUCCACACCUAAUAUGACAUCAGAGGAAGAGAAGCAACUCCAAAGAGCCAUUCAAGCAAGUCUGGAAAUUUAUCAAGAAACAGUUGGUGGCUGCAGUAGAGAAGGUUACAUGAAUGAUGUAGGGAGUGAUGAAGCAAACAAUGAAUCAUUUGAAAGUGCAGCAGAACAAAUGAGAUUGGCAUUAAGACUUUCUGAACAACAACAAAUGGAAGAAGAGCAACGCCGCCUUCUUGAAGAGGAGACGUUUAGACAAGUCUUAGAACUUUCACUUACUGACAAGUGAAAUUUUUUAAUUUUCCAGUCCUAGAGACAAAUACGUGCAGCACUCCUGAUAAAAUAAUUGAUAAAAAAAUCUUCCAGCUGCAAUUUAGACGAAAAAAUUCAAUUUUUCAUAAAUUGUAGAAAUAUUAUUUUAGUCAAGCAUCAUAUGCAAAGGAUAUUUGUUAUAAACUUUACAAAUAUAUUAUGUGGUUAGAGAAAGUGGGAAUGAGAAGUUAGUGACAAAAGUGAAUGGUUUGAAUUGUUAUUUAUUUCUUAGCUAUACCUUUUAUAUGAAACAAUAGAUGAAUUAAUUUUGAAUGUAUGAACAAUGGACUCUUGUAAAAGUUACAAAUGACUCACUUCUAAUACAACAAGAAUCCUUUGUCAAAUACCAAUCUCAAAGAUAUACAAACGAAUCCUAUUCGUUGAAAGUAUAACAUAAGUUAUCAAAUUUGUCAAUAUUUGAAAUAAAACGCUUAUGAUUCUAAAA